AGACAAUUCAAAUGCUGUCGCGUUGCGAGACAGUUACCCUUCCGCUGCUAAAACACCCGUCCACAUACACGCACGCACAUGCGUUCGCCUUUCCGAAUUUCACAGACGCUAAGCUCAUCCUUCUUUUUUGCUCUUUCCACCGAAAUCUUCUCUCUUCACCACGUCCGUUGCUUCCCGCACCGACAACCCUUCUUGUCUUUCCUUCUCAGAAGCUCCUCUUCCCCUACACGGUUGCUUUCCAGAGCUGACCCACUGCGCUGUCCACGCAGUUGCCUGGUCUGUGCGCGGCGUUGAGCCUUUUACUUUCGUGGUUCGUGUCUCCGUGCUGCCCACCUGUGCGGCACACAUAUCUUCCGUUUGUGGUGACUCAGCGCGGAGAUGGCCAGCACGCACACACGCAUUCGCCCCACUUCCUUCUCAACGGUGCGAAGUCGCUCCUUCUUCAAUUUCCCUCCGUGUUGUCGCAGGAGGCGGCGACGCGUGUAGCAAACAGAGAAAGGGAAAUAACGCCGAAGAAAGAGUUUCCCAUGUCAACAGACCGUCCUUCGAAACUACACGCGCCGCUGGCCGACGCAUCCGCUGCGUGCGAGCUGCCGAGUGACUCGGAGCUACUGGAUCAGCUGGACAUCGAUGCAGAGCUCGCCAACUUUUCGCAGGAUCCCUUCCACGGUGACACCACCAUCGCUUCCGCCUCCACUGCUCCAUUCAAACCCGCAAAUGUGCAACAGAACGGCAGCACUCUGUUCACCCCCACCCCACCGCGUUCUUUUCUCAUCGGUGGAUCUCUCUUCGAGCUCCGUCCCGCUUCUCUGCCGCACCUACCUCGCCUUCCCCGUCGCUGCGGCUCGCCCGUCGUGUCCACUGUCGCCUCCGCCGUUUUCUGUCCCUUCACGCAUCAGUUCGUCUCCCUGUCCUCCCCUCACUGGGACCAUCUGCACAGUGCUGGCUUCGGUGUGAGUCCUGACAGGCACGGCACCUCUCGCGUGCAGCUACGCGAUGUGGCGAGGCUGCGCGGGUACGCGCGCUCACUGCAGGCCUGCAGCAACGCUGACGCAGAGAGGAGGGCAGACACGGGCGUGCCGUCGGCUGCGCUCGUGCGUCGAGAACAGCUGUUUCGCUCGUGGCGGUGGAGCUCAUCGCUGCAGCACACCUUAGGGACAGUGUUGAGUGUGGCACCGCUAAACAGCCUGCAGGCGUUGAAGGCGGCGGUGGAGCGGGAGUUGCUGACGAAGCACAACUACGACGCCGCUCGCGUCAUCAAAGCUGCAGCGGAGAGCGCGCGAGAGGUGGCGGCGGACGGCGAUCCUCCGUGGCGCACGCGGUGGAAAGACCUCCAGUGCCCGGUGUUAGAAGUUGAUGGGGGAGCGUCGUUGCUUGCGGAGGGCAAUGAGGCGAGGGCUGUAAUACGGUGGGCGGACGACCCGCAUUCAACGGCAAGCGAGUCGCUGCCAGUUGAAGGCUGCGCCGGACAACGACCGCCAUGUGCCGCCUCUGUGUGUUCGUCGUCUGUUCUUCCUGCUUGGACCCGACGUUACACUGAGCGGCGCUGCUUACCGCUGCUCGGUUUACCCGCCGACGUCCGCGCCGCGUUACUUGAAAUUCCCUUUGCUGGCGAAGUGGACGCGCCACCGUUGAUGCCGCCGGUGUGCGCCGCGGUGUUGACACGGCUUGCGCAGGAGUUGGCGGAGGUGAGGCGAGAAGGACUUCACAGCGCGCGUCCAAAGCUGUACUACUGCCCGCUGGCGCACGGCGUGGAUUACAACGGUGUGUUGGACCUGCGUGCGUUUCAAGUGGCGCUGCGCGACGACAGCACGAGCGAACACACGCCACGGGCGGUGCUGACGUCGCUCUCAGAGGGGCGUGCACACGCAGCGGAGGCGACGCCGGUGCUCUCGCUCGGUAUGGAGAGCCUUGACGGUUCGGGUGACGAUGAUGACGGCCCCGCCGCAGCGCCGCCGCUGCGUGUGGUUGUGUUCGACAACGCCCACCUGCUCUCCAAGCGUGCCAUCAGUCGCCUGCUGGAUCAGUGGACUCGCAACGGCUCCGCGGCGCAGCGGCAUCGCGAGCUCCGUGCGGCGCAGGGUUACAAGCUACAGCAAUCAGGUAGUGCUGGCGGCGCGGAGGGAGCGCGGCGCAUCACGACAACCUCGUCGCGUCAUUGGCAGACAUUAAUGGGUUCGCAAGUGCCAGUUGGUUCCGCGCUGCCAAGUCUGCGCACCCUGGCCCCACCCUUUGGAGAUGUGCAGGCUGUGUUUCUCAGCUAUCGGCCGCAGGAGGCGGGCGAGAAGUUCUCUGCGAAGAGCUCAACAACGGUGCUCCACGACGCACCCCGGCAAUCGGGGCCACAGCACAAAGAGAGCGACAAUUCGGUCUUCUCUGUGAGCGUGUGCCCUGAGCCCCGCUCAGACCUGCUGUACGUGGAGGAGUCUCUCGCGGCCGCGCUGCUGCGUGUGUCCGCGCUGUGUCGUCUGCGCCUCAGCGCCCCGCAGAGGAAGGAACUGCUGGAGGGCGUAGUGCGGUGUGCGCUGGGCUGUGCCGGCGACGAUGUGCCUUGCGUGAAGCGCGUGUCAAAGCGGCUGCCCUCCGGCAAAACCGUGGCGGAGUCACUGCAGUUUCGCCUCGGCACCCCCAGAGGCCAGGCGCUGCUGUACGAGGCCUGUGAGGCGGUACUGGCACUGCUCUCGCCGCUCGAUGCCUUUCUGGAGGGCGCCGGCAGCGACGGCAUGUGCCAAGCCGAUCAGACGGUGCGUGUCUUGACGACGUACCCCACGCUGACCACGCUGCGCUUGCGCCACGUGCUGCUGAGCGUGUACCACCUGCGUGUAACGCAAUUGGCAACGGCUACCGCUCCUGCUUCAACAGAGGCAGGCGCGGAAGUGCCGAAAGGCGACACGGCGGCCAGUGCACACAAAGGUUCUGCGAAGCAACCGCGCGUGUCUUUUCUGACUUCCAAGCAAGCCGCCUACGCCCGUGAAGCGCAGGAGCAACAGCAGCUGUUGAGGCGGGCCCGCGUCCGUGCAGCGACUGUCGCGGCAUCCUCGUCGUGUUCCUCCCUGUUGCCUUCGUUUGCACGGCCUCUUCUUUUCUCCCAGACCUACUCCUUGUACCCGGAGCCACCGGUGCUGCUGGGUCGCUGGUGGACCGCCACGCUUCUCUUUUGCACCCCCACACUGGCGGACGUCGUGUCUCUGCGAUCGUUUUUGCUUGACAGCCUGCGGAGGAGGCGUCACCCUCUCUCGGCUCACAAGCAUCGUCGUCAUCAUCACUGUUCCGCGUUCGAUAUGCAGCGAGAUGGCGAUGCUGUGUCAGAGGGGGAACUCGCGGAACUUCGCCGAAUGGAGGUGGAGGACGUCGACGUUUUCCACACCGACAUCGGCGCCAACGCACCGCGGUGCCGUGCGAACUACCGCGUGUUUGGUGUGCGGGCGCUGGCGCGCUUUGCAGCCCCGACGGCGGUGGAGCCGCGAUGCUGGGGUGCCACCAAUCGCACUGCCGCAAUGGCCUGGGCCGUGAGGGAGUUGGAGCAGCAGCUCCAGCGCUGCUUAAAACGGUGCGCCUCCAAAGCUGUAUUGUUUCCACUGUGGACCUAUCGAGGAGCGGGGCGGUCUGCUGAGGACGCCGACGCCGCUGCUUCUGCCUCUUCCAACGCUCCCGAGAUCGCGACGCAGGGCGACCGCUCGCCAACGGGCCAGCACUCUUGUAGUCAGAGCAGCGGUGGCCGCGGACUGGGCGGUCCAGCGGCCGCUUUCCCCUCCUUCCAGUACGCGACGCUGCCGUGCUCCCCUCCCCGCCAUUUUCCUGAUUUCAACACCGUGAGGGAGUGGCACACGUUGUGGAUCCCCGCCCUGGUGGAGCGCCGCCUCUUCACCCUUGCCGUGGCGCAAAAACCGUCCAUGGUGCUCACGGUGGGUGCCCGUGUCGUGCUGCAGGAGGCUGUGCGCGUGCCUGGCAAAGGGAGUGGUGGGGGAGGCCAAGACUCCUCCUCCUCUUCCCUCACCACGGACUCCUACCCUCGAGGCUGCGUGUGCCGCGUCGUUGGGUUUGUGACGGUGGAGAAGCUCUUUGCGGAGGACACAGCGUCACCGCCGUCUUCGCUCCCCCCCUCGAUCCAACGACAGGUGGAGGGGUGGACAUCGGCCGAGCGGCUGCAGGUGCGUCGCUACGUGGAGCAGCAACGAGGUGCUUCGGCCCUGCCGCUAUUGACGUGCGUGUGGAACACAUGUCCGCACCGCAGCGACGAGGCUUUCCUGCUGACUCCUCGGCCGUCUCUCAUUGGCGGCUAUCGGUCUACACACUAUUAUGGACUGCCUGUGCUGCACCUUCCUGUUUGCGUGCUCAUCGGCGACUCUCACGGCUGUCAGCGGGCACACACGGGACGCGUAAACCGCCGCGCCCACCGCACAGAAGGGUCCACACCGUCUCCCUCGCCUUUGCCGACCUCCCUGCGUAGACCAAGCGGAAGUUCAAGGACUUUUCUCACCUCUACGUCUCCCAAGAUUUCGUUCGACUUCGUCCUCACGGAUGUGUUUCACCCCUACCAUGCUGAUUUGUCAAACAGCAUGUCCGCCUUGUGUCUCACGCACGCUGAGCGGGCAACUGCCCACCGCCUUCUAUUUACGCUCAUGACGCACAGAAGCUCGUCCCAGGGCGGUCCUCCCGACGCUGUUGCCUCGCAGACGGAGGCGACCGCGCCGAUCAAGGAUCGGCCAUCGCACUCGCCGGUGUCGUUCAUGGAGGACGUUCUGUUCUACGAUUCCGCAGAGUUGUCUCCUCAAAACGCAGUGAACGCCGCCGAUACAGCUGCCACGUCCAGCACUGAACCGAUCAAGUGUCCUCUGGUGACGGAGUUGGCGCUCUACGCACGUGUGCGAUCGUUGGAAUAG